UCCAUAGUUACGGUGCUGUGGAGGCGGCGGCCAUCUUGGCGGCAGAGCGAUGAGCGGGUCGAACCCGAAGGCGGCGGCCGCUGGGUCGACGGCUGGGCCCCGGGGGCUGGUGGCUGGCAAGGAGGAGAAAAAGAAGGCAGGCGGCGGCGUCCUGAACCGGCUGAAAGCGCGGCGGCAGGCACCCCACCACGCGGGCGGCGACGGCAUCGGGGCCGCGGUCACGGAACAAGAGCUGCUGGCUCUGGACACCAUCCGGCCCGAGCACGUCCUGCGCCUCACCCGGGUCACCGAGAAUUAUUUAUGUAAACCCGAGGACAACAUCUACAGUAUUGAUUUCACCCGCUUCAAAAUUCGAGAUUUGGAGACGGGGACAGUGCUUUUUGAGAUUGCCAAGCCGUGUGUUUCAGGCCAAGAGGAGGAGGAGGAGGAGGAAGGUGGAGAUGUGGAUAUCAGCGCAGGACGCUUCGUCCGCUAUCAGUUCACACCAGCAUUUCUCCGCCUCCGGACAGUCGGGGCUACGGUGGAGUUCACUGUGGGAGACAAACCUGUGUCAAACUUCCGGAUGAUCGAACGGCACUAUUUCCGGGAACGCUUGCUGAAAAACUUUGACUUUGAUUUUGGCUUCUGUAUCCCCAGCAGCAGGAACACUUGUGAACAUAUUUAUGAGUUUCCCCAGCUUUCUGAGGAUGUCAUUCGUCUGAUGAUUGAAAAUCCCUACGAGACCCGUUCUGACAGCUUCUACUUUGUUGACAACAAGCUGAUAAUGCACAACAAGGCCGAUUAUGCCUAUAACGGAGGCCAGUAACUGCUGCAGGACCGGACAUGGGAGGUGCUUUGCUGUGGCCCGGGUUCCUGGCACAUGGAGAUGGCUAAGCUGCUCUUAGUCAACACACAUCUGGCACCUGGCCCCAGGCAGCCGAGGGUGCGGUGGCAGUUUCCUGUGCUCCAAGAGAGGUGCCAAGCAGUGCUGUGUUUCCUUUCCCAGUAUUUUUUCUUCCCUUUUUAUCCCGCCCCUUAGGUCACAGAGAUACUAUAGUAAAAGCAAAAGGUUAGGAUAAGGCUCUUGGAAUCCAGAUAAAAAAUACAGUUUAUUUUCAUGUAGUCCUAGCUGCCUGCUGGGUAACCUGACGAGCCCGGGCCUCUGUGGCAGAACUGCGCCCUGGUGAGGAAGCUCUGGCCGGCCCACCCGCCAGUUAGCAGCUCUUCUGUAGGUUCCUGGGUGCUGUGGGAAGCGGCAGGGUCAGCCUCUUCCAAGCACCCCUUCUCACUUCUGGUGUUGGCCACCAGCACAAUCUGACCUCACCCUGUGCAUAGUUGUAAACCAACUGGAAAGAAACUUGAAAGAGGGUGGAGGGGAGGAGUGGUGCCAAGAGUUGAGGCACUAGGGAUUGGCAAGGCUGCCAGGCUGAAAGGUCCAUUUUAGGGAGAGGCCUGCUUACCUGUCUGACUUCCAGGAGCCUCAGCCAGUCCCCCUGGGGAUCCAGCAAAGUGUCAGCCUGGCCGCGCCUUCCUGUUCUCAUUUUGGAGGAAAGAUGAGCUUGCUCUGCUUCUCCCGACUCCUCGCUUUUGAGUAUCCCCUGAAAUAGACU